AUGGUUAGAAAGAAAGUGAAGUGGGAUUUCAUGGAAAAUAACACUGAGAGGAGAGUCUCUUAUAGAAAACGACAAAAGGGAUUUUUAACCAAGGCUCGUGAACUCAACACCCUUUGCGAUGUUGAAUUGGCUACCUUAGUCAAUAGCCCUUACCACAAUGAACCUGAGGUGUUUCCAAAUCAUGAAGCUGCUACCGGCAUGUUUACAAAGUUUGUCGAUCUUCCAGAGGAGAAGAAAUCAAAAAACAUAAAAACACACGAAAAGAUAACCGAGAAAAGGAUCGAGAAAAUUGAGAAGGAACUUGAGAAGGUAAGGAAGGAAAACAAGAAAAUGGAGUAUACAAACCAGAUGUAUGGAUUGUUGAAUGGUGAAGAGAUGCCCAAUAGUAGGCACCCAGAAGAUCUCAAUGAUCUCUGUUAUGUGAUCAAUAGAAACCUCAAACUGAUAAAUGAUGGGAUCAAAGCAAAAACUCACGAAGAAGGUUCUACAUCAUAUGCUCCUCAACUUAUUGCUGGACCGAUGGAUUCUGGUGGGACCAACUUCGACAUGUCAUGGGCUCCUUUUUUGGCCCUAGUUGAUGCUCUAGUACUAUCUGAGAUUCCUCUUUUGGUUCCAUCUACUGUUCCUUCUUUGUUAUCUUCACAAAGGUAUCCUGAAAUGGCCUAUACAAUGACUUAUUCAAUGUCUUCAUCAAUGCUUCCAAUGGCACCACAAAUAGACCCCUCGACGAAUAUCCUCUCAAUGAGUGCAUCAGCGCCAAUAGAGAACAAUGUUAAUGGAUCAUUUGGCAUUCCACAGAGCUCCUCCAAUGUCUAA